AUGUCUGUCCAUUCGGAUGAGAACGACGAUGUUCACAAUACUGUAGCCUUGCCAAUCCAGAUAUCGCUGAAUGCCAACCAGCGGCGGAAAGAGCCACCCCCACCCCCUCGCAAAAUAGAUAAGCACACUCCACAGGAGAGUAUAAAUCGAUUCUGGAGCAAAUUCUACGCAAAGUAUCCAGGAAAGGUUUUCACCGUACUACCAGAGAAUCCCUAUGCGCAGAAGAAGAUCGCAAAAGUUCCGAAUGGUGUCGCGCAAGCUCAACGGGCCGUCAGAUCCUACGAACAGGCCCGAGAAGAAUGUAUUCGUGAUGUGAAGCGCAUCAUUAGGGAGUGUCGAAGGGUCAAUCAGAAAUAUCGUGAUCCUCACUUCGACAUUGAAUGGGAUCUGAAGAAAGGAAGAAGGUAUUGCUUGGAAGGUUUAGAGAAACCAGACGAGGAUUAUAACCCGAAAGCUGUGAAAAGAGUUACGGAUAUCUUCGAGGACCCUCAAUUCUUUAUCCAUGGACCAACAGCUGGGGAUGUGAUUCAAGGUAAUGAUGGCGAUUGUUAUCUUAUGGCAGCUUUGUGCGGUUUAGGCAAUAUGAGCGGUCUGAUCAACAAGAUCUGUGUCAUCCAUGACCAGGCUGUUGGUGUGUACGGAUUUGUCUUCCAUAGAGAUGGGGAGUGGCAACAAUGUAUAAUUGACGAUCAGCUGUACAUGACUGCCCCAGACUAUGACGAGUCCAACAUGGAACGAAUUAUGUGGGAUACGAUUGCUCGUCGAGAUACCGAAGAAGAAUAUCGACGUACUCACCAAACAGGAUCUCGUUCGCUAUACUUUGCCAAGUGCAGCGAACCCAACGAGACCUGGCUGCCAUUGCUGGAAAAAGCCUAUGCAAAAGCUCAUGGGGACUAUGCAUCAAUUUCUGGCGGCUGGACAGGGGAGGCAAUCGAAGAUUUGACCGGUGGAGUGACUUCUGAAAUCUAUUCAUCGGACAUUCUGGACAAGAAUGAGUUCUGGGUGAACGAGCUAUUAAAAGUUGGAAAGGAAUUUCUCUAUGGCUGCUCAACCGGACAGCACGCAGAUUGGUUGGAGCCAAACCGUCCUACCAAUAGAAGGCAAGGCAUUCACGAGGGGCAUGCCUACAGCAUUAUGGACGCUGUAGAGCAUACAAUAGAUGGCAUAACCUACAGACUCGUCAAAGUCAGGAAUCCUUGGGGCAACACGGGAUGGAGCGGCGCGUGGAGCGAUGGUAGUGCUGAAUGGACACCACAAUGGAUGGAAAGGCUGAAUCACAAAUUUGGCGAUGAUGGAAUCUUCUGGAUGUCGUACGAAGACUUAUUGCGAAAAUAUCAGCGUUUAGACCGUACUCGCAUAUUCGGACCAGACUGGCGUAUUACCCAACAAUUUACCUCGCUACAUGUGCCUUGGUCCGCCGACUACCAUCAGACACGAUUCUCGGUCAAUGUGACGAGGACCACUCCUGUUGUAAUUGUGCUCUCACAGCUCGACAAGACCUACUUCGCUGGUCUUCAGGGCCAAUAUAACUUCAAGCUUCAGUUUCGCGUCCAGAGAGUUGGUGACGAGGAAGACUACAUUGUUCGGAGCAAUGUCGACUAUUACAUGACUCGCUCUGUCAGCACAGACAUCACUCUUGAAGCCGGCUCCUACUUUGUGCUGAUGAAGGUAACGGCUACCCGCGUUGGUGGUCCCACAAUGGAUGAAAUUAUUUCCGCUCAUGCCGAGCACAUGCGCGACAAAUUGAUCCAGGUUGGGUUAUCGUAUGACAUUGCGCAUGCAAAAGGUGUGAUAGUCGAGACGGAGAAGGAGGUGGAGCAGCGACAGUGGGCCGAAAAGGCCCAAGCCGCAGCGGCACGGGAGAAACUGAAGAAUGAAGUAAAAGCACGCAAAGAAAAGGUGUGGAUGAAGGAGAAGAAGUCCCGACAGAGAAGGAAAAUGCAAGAUAGAAAGCAUGAGGAGAAAGCUGCAGAGCAGCGAUCUCGCGAAAGGGGUGAUGGGUACCAAUCUGAUAAGAAAAACUUCAUUGAUCGGUCGGAAUGUCACUCAAGCAAUGUUGGGAAUGGGCAAGCAACAGCAGACGAUGAUCGAUCAUUUGCGGAAGAGCUCAACUCAUCACACGAGCGGUCUGAAGGUGCUCAGACUUCAACCACAUCGGAUCCAAAGGAAACUCCGAUUGAAUCACCCGCAAACAAUACCCGUCAAUCACCUCGGAGCAAUGAUGCUGUGGCCGACAAAGAUUCUACAACCUCUUCAGCUGACAAAACCUUGCAUGAUCAUCCUCCUACCCCCAAAGUUCAGGUUAACGGCAUAGACGCUGUGACAGACGUCAACCUGUUGAAAAGACGCCCAGCACCAUUGGCUCCAAGAACGACGCUUGAUGGAAAGCUCGAAAUGAAAGAUCAAGAUAAGCGGGAAAAUCAACAAGAAGCAGAUCCAUUCACGGAGCCACAAUGGUCAAACUCGGAUACCGAGUCAAAAUUCAGCUGGCGAACUGACCUCGACUACGACUCAGACGAAGCUCGUAGUACAUAUGCAAGAAGUGAACAGGGCAGAGAUUGGGAUGCAGGCGAAGAAUCGGGACCAGAGCCAUGGAACGCUGUUUGUGUGGUAGGACUCCGCGUCUACAGCAAGGAUCCCGACCUGUCACUUGAGGUUGUAAGACCCCACCCGUACAGCGAGGUAAUCAAACCAGAAGCUGGAAGUGCGCUCGAUCGGGACGAUCCUGCCAAGGGCGCUGUUGCAGAGAAGUGGGCGAAGACCCCGCUGCGAGGGACAUUUGACUCUGAAUAG